GCGGCGGACGUUUUUUUGAUGAUUUUCGGCGCUUAAUUUUUUUCUCCUGUCAGUGGGCACAACACCUUCUUCUCCGUCAUCAUAGUAGUCGGGUACGGUCGAGAAGUGAACAGAAGAAGAGGUUCAAGUUCAAGAUUGUUACCGUGCGGAGUGGUUGUUUCUUGCGCGCGGUCGUUAGUCAUCUUUGGAUUACUGAAAUAACUCUUUGUCGCUGAUUGUUGGUGGAACAAUGUGAGAUCAACGGCUUAUCGUUGUGUUUAAAUCAAUCAUUUCCGUUCAAAGUGUUAUCAAACAUCGCUGACUUGAAGUUGUAUGAGCAAAAGAAAAAAAAGUGUCACAUUCGUUGAGUACCGAAAUUAUUUGAAGUGAACAUUACAUUGGCCAGCCUGCUGGGCUAUAAAAAAAGCGUGAUUUAGCGAUGUGAUCAUCAUCCGGAAAUAGAUUUGUUUUGGUUGUUGUAUUUUUUUCGGUCCGUCUUCGUCUGGCUUUUGUCAGGGUAGUGUAGUGUAGCAUAACGAAACGAAUCGUUCCAUCGGUUGCUUCGAUCUAACUAACAACGUGAAGCAGGUUCCAGAUAGCAAACAUGUACCCUAUUCAACUGUACAAAAAACCACUUCCCUCGCCAGGGAUCACCGCAACAUCCUUCGCCGACAGCAUGUCCAACUUGAGUGACAGCUCUUCCAACACGGCAGUCCUAAACGGUAACGCUGCUGGUGGCGGACUUCCACCGGGUAGCAGCACUGCUGGCGGCAGCAACAAUAACAACACCAACGGCAUAGGUGGCAGUGGAUCCCAGGCUGGAUCGAGUCGCCCCCGGAUGGAUAUAGCGUGCGUGAUCGAUACACAUCUGGCCCAGCGGAAGGUGGCCUUCGAUGAGCUAAAACUUGCCUGCCUACAGGCGUGCGCGAAUCUACAGCUGCUUGAGUUUGAGAAAUUGGACUUUGGCGAGCUCAACACGGUCGAUAGUUUCUAUAGCGCCGAUGUGGCCGUCGUGGAUUUGAGCGUUCAGGCGCAGCAGAGUACACUGAGCUACCAUUUGGGAGUGCGGGAGAGUUUCGAGAUGAAGGAGAAUAUCGUGAUCUACAAUGACGUGGAGAGUGAGGCUACGCUGAGGAUGAAGAUAUCGUGUGGAAACUACACUUUCGUGCCCUAUCGAGUGGUGGAGGGUGGAGGUUGUGUAGUGACGAAUCCUGGAAAAGUAGGAGAUGUGGAGUCUAAGAUUGGACUGUUGGGACGAUUGAGGAAAAUCUUUCAGGACGUAGAAAUUCAAUCGAAGGCACAUCUGAGGGAAAAGUUCAUGGCCGAUUUAAGAGGCGUAAGAGAUCAAUUCGCGGGAAAUGUAGAGGAACUGCAAAAAAUGCUACGAAAUAUGAGGAAAAGACUGGAUGAUCCGCAUGUUCUUUCAAAGGAAAUCGUGCAAACCUAUAUGCUAUCACUUCGGGACGUUCAAGACUACGACGCAAUGGUUCAGUUAGUGGACGACCUGCAAACAGUUCCAAACAAACAAAACUACAUUAACACUGGUAAUAUGAAUUAUCUGUACGCGUUCGCGCUGAAUCGAAGAAACAAGGAAGGUGAUCGCGAUUCGGCGCUGAAAACCUGCAUCAAAGCACUAGAAAAGAAAGAAAACCAUUUCCCGGAUAUGCUGUGCCUGUGUGGCCGAAUCUACAAAGACAUUUUCGUUGAAUCCAGCCGAACCGACCAGGAAUCUCUUCAGAAUGCCAUCACCUGGUACCGAAAAAGUUUCGAAAUUCAACCAAACGAAUUCGCUGGUAUUAACCUAGCCACCCUACUGGUAAUCGAAGGCAAAGAUUUCUCCGACACAGAACUACAGCACAUCGGAAUGGUUCUAAACAAUUUGAUCGGCAAAAAAGGUUCCCUCUCAUCCAUCAAAGACUACUGGAAUGUAGCGACGUUCUUCGAAAUCUCCGUACUAGCCGAGAACUACGCAAAAGCCAUCCAAGCGGCCGAGUGCAUGUUCCGGCUGAAACCACCCAAGUGGUACCUCAAAUCAACCAUCGGCAACAUCACGCUAAUCGACUGUUCCCGGCGCAAAUCGGAAGAAUCUCUCGCUUCAAUCGAGCAGCAAAUCUUUCAAUUUUGGAUGGAGUUUUUCAUCGAAGCCACCAACGCUGAACCCUCGUCCACGGUUCGUUUCCCCAUCCUGAUCCAGGAAACGCAAAAAAUCCUCAUGCCGUCCUACGUCUCUAUUCACAUGAACGCCGAGCAAAAAUCCAUCGACAUUGCAAAUAUCUGCCAGCAACAUGAGAAGGAAAAAUGCCGAAAGGUUCAUAAUUUUAACUUCCUCGCCAGUCAGAUUAAAUCCGUCAGUUUGUACAAGCGAGACGAACGGUGUGCCUAUCUGUAUGUACAGCAAAACUCCGACGACUUCCAGAUGUAUUUUCCUUCGGUCCAAUGCCGACAGCAGUUCUACGAUUUAAUUCUACAAAUGACUGCCGAACAGGGCUGUGGCUUCAUAGACUUAUCCACGGAGACCAAUAAUGACGAGAUUAAUUACGAGUACGAUAUGGACGAUCAAAGUCGAAGAAUUGUUCUGGGACGUGGUACCUACGGUACCGUUUACGCUGCUCGAGAUCUUAACACACAGGUUAAAAUAGCCGUCAAGGAAGUACCGGAAAAGUUUAGUCAUGAAGUUCAACCCCUGCAUGAAGAAAUUAAACUUCACUCUCAGCUGCGCCAUCGGAAUAUAGUCCAGUAUUGGGGGUCCAAAUCGGAGGACAAUUAUUUUAAAAUAUUCAUGGAGCAAGUUCCGGGAGGGUCGCUCUCAGCCUUACUUCGAUCCAAGUGGGGUCCGCUCAAAGAUAACGAAGCAACCAUCGCCUUUUACUCUAAACAGAUACUAGAAGGACUGAAGUAUCUACACGACCAGAAGAUUGUCCAUCGCGACAUCAAGGGUGACAACGUGCUGGUCAACACGUACAGUGGGGUUGUGAAGAUCUCCGAUUUUGGAACGUCGAAACGGCUGGCCGGCAUAAAUCCGGUAACGGAGACCUUUACCGGGACGCUGCAGUACAUGGCUCCGGAAGUUAUCGAUCAGGGUGUACGUGGUUAUGGUCCGGCAGCCGAUAUUUGGUCCUUUGGGUGUACCGUGGUGGAGAUGGCAACCGGGAAGCCACCGUUCGUGGAGUUGGGAUCACCGCAGGCGGCUAUGUUUAAGGUGGGUUUCUAUAAGAAACAUCCGGAGAUACCGGCUGAACUGUCGCCGGUGGCGAAAAUCUUCAUCAAACGAUGCUUUGAGGUGGAUGUUGAUAAGCGAGCGACGGCAGCCGAGCUGCUGGAGGAUCCCUUCCUGUCAGAUAAGCACAAAAAGAUGCGCGCCUCCAUCAGCAUACCGAGCAGCGUAAGCACGGCCGAAUUCUCGCGCAGUGUCAGUAUGCCAGCAGAUCGCCAUAUGAGUAAAACGCUCCAUAGCUCAACCAGCUGCAAUACCCCGACCGUAAAUUCGGAAGCAGACAGCACACCGCCAACAUUCGCCUCAACGCGAUCAGCCUCCAUCCGGAAGAACAAACAUCUCGCCCACCUGACACCGAUCCAAAUGCCCAAUCACGUCAGUAGCAUUGGGAACCUCGCCGAAACUCCUUCGUUGGAGAUUGAGUCAAUUGAUCCAACGCCGGCAGGUUUCCAGCUGAAUCGACGGAGCUCAUCGGGCGGACUGCUAUCACCUGAGGUUGAACUCCUAUCCAGCUCAAGCAAAUCCCCACUGCUGAACGGUGAGGCAAACGAAAGCGACGGAUUCUAUCUGCUGAAGAAAGAUUCCCAGCGGCGAGCUACCCUGCACAAGGUUCUCGAUCAUGACGAGCGCAAAAUCUGCCAGGUGUGGAUGGAAAAGAUCGUGUUCGAUCGGAAGGAAGCCGUCGUCAUCAGUUUGUCCCAUCUGGAAACACUGAUCCGGGCACUGCGCACGUACAUCACCGAGCAGAAGAAGGAACAGCUGGAGGCCGUGAUCAGUGGGUUGAAGAAAAGUCUCGAUUUCGAUUCGACGGCUAUCGAUCAUCUGCAUCUGGCGAUGUACUCGUUUCAGGAUGCGGUCAUAACGGUGCUGCGAUCGCACAACAUCAAACCGCACUGGAUGUUUGCGUUGGACAAUCUGGUGAAGAGUGCCGUUCAGGCGGCGAUUAUGAUUCUGUCGCCGGAACUAGGUCGAAACCUGGCUGGUCAAUUCCGUAACGAUGAGGAUGAUGACGACGACGAUGACAUAACCGGGCGACGAACAGCUGGUGGUAAUGCUAUUCAUGGUGGUCAUGGUGCAGCUAUCGACGACGAAGAUGAUGAUGGGGAGUUGUCUACUUCGGGAGUGGGUACCGUGAAUUCGGUUACACUGGCUAAACCGGCUAAACUAAGCCGGUCGAAGGUGGUCAAUGACCAAAUAAUGGCACUGAGGGCCGAGAACAUAAGACUGAUGGAAGAUCUGUAUGAAUCUCACAAAACGUAUAACGGGGUCUUCCGGACGGCCCUAGAAGGGCAGUCCACGGGUGUGGAAAUGGUGCGUACGUUAGCUGCGCAGCUCGUUUCGGUUGCCGGUCGGUGCGAUAGUCACAUUUCGCAAGGGUAUGCCAGUGACCUAACGGACAGCCCCGGUGUCGUAGAUGAAACGGAUGCUGCUAAUAAUAAUUUUCUUCGGCCUCCCAAUGCGCGCCUUAUGACAAGGACCGGACAUGAUCGAAGGACACUGGUUCAUGCUGGUCCGGCUUCUAAUCUUCAAAAUUCAGAAGUCGAGAGUGAACCGGAUGCUAGAUUGGAUGAGUGGCUAGAUCAACACGGAUUCAAUCGGAUUAUUCGCCAACUCAUCCAUGGGGAAGAGUUUAGCUACGAUGAUUUUCUCUAUCACACGGAUCAGGAAGAUGUUCGUCGAAUUGGAUUAAAAAUCGGCGUCGAGGUUCGGCUGUGGCGCGCCAUUCGUGACCAUCGAAACGCCCAUUCUCGCGCACCCUGGUCUCCGUUUCCAGCGGACGGUGUUCCUCCAAUUCUCUCCCAACCGUCAAACUCCUCCUCAUCACUAGCCACGGUUCUGCUAACCAAUGGGGUCGGAACGAACGAUGAAUUCCGACAGCAGCAGCAGCAGCUAAAACCGAUCUCCAACUCGAGUAGUUACGAUUCGAACCACUCGCUCGGGACGAACGCUUCGUCCGAGUAUGAUUCCUGCCCGGGAAUGGAUUCAUCCUGAGGUAGUGAGGUUGCCACCACCAGGCGGAAGCGAUCCGCCGAUCAGGCUGCAACUAGCAAUACUAUACGAGAGAAAACCAUGAGGCAAUAUAACCAGUGAUUGCAGGCGAAGGCUGAGCCCAAGCAGGCACACGCACAGCUAUAUCUAAUAGAUACAUAUUUAAGGUAAGAAGAACGCUCCUCGUUACAAUCUCACUCAUGGAAGCAAAGCGUGACGAACCCGCGAAUUAGUAGAUUAGUAGAUAGGAGAGCUGUACUAGGACGUUAGGCUAUUAAAAUUUCGUUAGGACGUAAGCACAAACAUGUACUCGGAAAAUCAACGACAAAAAGAUCAGCGCAGCUUUCUUCGAAAGAGUUCCUUAUUUUUUCAUAACAAACAAGGUUUGUUAUUUUGCGAUAUGUUUAUGUUUCCCUUUAGAGUUUUUUUUUUCGUUUUUGGCAUCUGAAUCCGUUGAUAUUGUGAAGCGAUAUUUUGUAGAUAGGAAUAAGCUAAAAUCUGAUUUUGCUGCGCAAUAGUAGCUUUUAGCAGUUGCCAUAUGUUUUUUCACCGUGCUUGUAUAUGUCGAAACAGACAUAAAUGGUGGCGUUUACAAUAAAUUGUGUCCAAGCUUGAUGGUUGGUGCCUGCAUACAUAAUUGUGUAACGUUCC